AUGCUGUCGCAGUCGUCGGGGGUGCCGCACUGGGAGGUCGAGGACGCGGGCGCGCGGGACGCGGCAGCGGCGGGGAUGGCGGGCGGAAGCAUGGCGGCGAGCGCGCCGAUGCUCGCGCCCCUGUACCCGUCAAUAUCGAUGGACGCGCAAGCGGUCGAGCUCGCGUCGUACAUUCUCUUCCCGCCGCCGCCCAGCCACGGCUCGCCCUCCCUCCGAUCCCUCAACGCCCGAGCCCCGCCCCCCCCUUCCCCCCGCUAUCAUACUUCUGCACUUCCCUUUCCUCCUCGUGCCCCCGCGCGUACCGCCCGUCCUUCCUCCGCAGCUUCCCUUGCGCCAAUGUUUCUCCCCUCUUUCCCGUCGCCCUCCGCGCGCUCCCCCUCUUUCCCCACGCCCACCCCUCCCCUCCCCUCCCCUCCCGCCUGUUCCCCAGGUUCCGCCGGAGGGCCCUCCGCGCCCACUAGCUCAUCCGCGGCGGCGCACCUGGCGCGCCAGGCGGAGGCGGAAGAACCUCUGCUAUUCGCGGAACGGAUUUCCGCGCAGGCAAGGGGCGGGUUGGCGGGGGAAGCGACGGGGGGAAUCGACGGGCACGUGGGGAGGGAAGGGGCGGAAGGGGGAGCUGAAGGGGUGGGCGCGGGGAGGGCAGAAGGAGCAAUGGUAGGGGAAGGGGAAACGGGGGAUAAAGGAAACGCAGCAGAAGGAGACGGAAUAGUAGGAGGAGGAGGAGGAGGAGGAGGAGGAGGAGGAGGAGGAGGAGGAGGAGGAGGAGGAGGAGGAGGAGGAGGAGGAGGAGGAGGAGGAGGGGAGGAGGGAGGAGAGGGGAAGAGUGAGAGGUGUACCAGCAGUAUCAAGUCAUUGCAGCUUCUCUCCUCCUGGUCUUCGUCCCCCCCACUGCCCCCCCAUCCACCUCUGCACCGCACCCCCUCCCUCCACCGCACCCCCUCCCUCCACCGCAGUUCUCCCCUUCACCGGGAAUUAUCCCUCCACCGCAAUUCGCCCCUGCACAGGGAGCUAUCCCUGCACUGCUCUUCACCGCUUCACCGCGAGUUAUCACUCCAGCGCGGUUCACCCCUCCUCCGUGAGUUAUCCCUGCACCGGGAUUCCCCUCUGCACCGUGAGUUAUCCCUGCACCGGGAUUCCCCUCUGCACCGUGAGUUAUCCCUGCACCGGGAUUCCCCUCUGCACCGUGAGUUAUCCCUGCACCGGGAUUCCCCUCUGCACCGUGAGUUAUCCCUGCACCGGGAUUCCCCUCUGCACCGUGAGUUAUCCCUGCACCGGGAUUCCUCCUUGCAUCAGGAGCUCUCUCUUGCGCACCACAAGCCCUCCCUGCAGCGCCACCAGCCUGUGACAGCGCUGCUGCAGCAGCAAGACGGCGGUUCUCCCUCUGCUCCUUCUGCUGCUCUUGCUGCUGGCACAGCUGCCACUGCUGCUGCUGGUGCUGCUGAUGCAGGAGAAGCGGAGCAGAAGGGGCAGGGGGGGCAGCAGGCUUUUGCCGAGCCGCUCCUGUCUAUUAGCUGUGCGGAGCGGUUGCCGGAAAAGGUGGGGGGAAGGGGCGCACUGGGGGGAGGGGCGGAGUUGGGGGAAGAAGGGGAAGUAGGGGAAGGCGCUAUUGCAGGGGGAAAGGGAUCGGGGGAGCAUGGGGAGGAGCAGGGGAAGGGAGGGCGAGAGGGAGGGAUAGAAGGCGGAUGGGGGAGGGGGAAGGACGGGAAUGGGGCGGAAGGGGGAGAGCUUGGUGGUGUUGAAAUGGGCGGCAGUGGCAUGGGGAUGGGCGGCAGUGGUGCUGCCUUGGCGCGCACAGGUGUUGGUGUGGGCGGCAGUGGGACUAUAGACGGCGGGUUGGCAGAUGGAGGAGAAAGCGGGAGGGUGGGAGGGGCUGGUAGGAGCCUGUGGGGAGGGAUGGAUGUGGGAAACGGCUUGCCUGCUGCUGCGGCAGCUGGUACCACUGUUUCCCCUGUUGCCGCUGGUGGUGCUGGUACACCCAUGCGAUUUCCUCAGUCUCGAUCCGUUGGCUCAGAAAGCGGGGUUGGCAGGCGGAGAAAGCGGGAGGUUGGGGAUGACUGGGGCCAUGGUAGGGAUGGGUAA